AGUUUGUUUAUUCUGUUCCUCAUUGUUUCUUGUCUUGUGGGUAAUAGUACAGAAUCCAAGACAACACUUCUUGAUAUCAAACAGGGUGACCAUGAUAUUCCAUGCAAUACACCAAAAAAUUGUAGUACUUUUUGUGGCGCCAAAUACCAUUGCGUCGAGACUGUUUGUGUGGAUGUAGACUGCUAUUGCGUCCAACAAGGCACAGACUCUGUAACCUUGUGUUGAAAUUGUGGUAAUAUGCAUGCAAUGGAUAAUUCUUCAUCCUAGUUUUUUUGUAUGUUGGAGCU